UCCAAACGGACACCUCGUUUCUCAUCUACUGGAAUACCAAAUAGUGAUAUAUAUGUAUACAUAAUGGCGAAUAAUAAGAUUCCCGAUUGGGUCACUGCCGAGCUAUUCGAAGAUGUGCUGAAGACGGAUAUAGAAGGCUAUUCAAAAGUGAAGAACUUUAAGGCGGAAAUCGGAUCCGCGGCGGGAGAGAACUACGCCACCAUCAUGCUACGGAUUCACGUGGAAGUGGAGCUGAAGGAUGGCAAAUUCAAGAAGGUCUCUUUUAUGAUGAAGCUGCCCCACCAACUGGAAAUCUUGCAGGAGAUGACAAAGAAGAACAACAUGUUCGACAUGGAGCGCAGCAUGUACCUUCAAUAUGUGCCCGAGAUGGAGGCUCUUUACAAGGCCGCAGGCCUGGAGAUCACUUUCGGCGCCAAGAGCUACGAUCUCAAGAAUGCCAAGAGUGACUAUGUGGCGUUGGAGGAUCUGGGCAUGAGGGGAUUCAAGAAUGCUAAUCGACUCGAAGGGCUGGAUCAAACUCACACCGAGAGAGUGCUGCUCAAGUUGGCCCAGUGGCAUGCAGCCAGCGCUGUGAGAGUGGCCACCAAGGGUCCUUACCCGGAAGACCUUAUCAUAGGGUUCUUCAAGGACGACAAUCGCCCAAUGAUGACCGAGAUGACAAGGUCCCUGGGUGAGAAGUUCCUCAAAUGUUGUGCCACUUACGAGGGCAACGAGGCGUAUAUCGAGAAAGUUAAAGAACUUCAGCCUGUGAUUAUGGACAAAAUGUUUGAGAUGGCCAAGGUCGAUCCCACCGAGUUUAAUGUGCUAAACCAUGGCGAUUCCUGGUCGAACAACAUUAUGUUCCAGUACGAUGCCUUUGGCAAGAUCAAGGAGGUCUACAUGGUCGACUACCAGCUGCCCAAGUAUGGCACCGUUGCCCAGGACCUUCAAUACUUCCUGCUCUCAUCCACCAAAUUCGAGGAUAAGCUGUCCAAGUUUGACUAUUACAUUAAAAGGUACCAUAGCUACUUAGUGGAGCACCUAAAAAUUCUAAAGUACUCAAAGCCCAUUCCCAGCCUGCGAGAUAUUCACCUGUCACUCUUCAAGCACGGAUCUUUUGGGUUUUCAGUAGCCACAGGUGUCAUGGCCGGCGUUCUACUGGAUCCCACGGAAAAGGCCAGUUUCGAGAACUUUGUGGGCGACACCGAGGCAGGAGUAGACUUCCAGAUGCAGCUGUACAGCGGUCCUCGGUACCGCAGACACAUCGAGGGGGUCAUGCCAUGGUUGCUCAAUCGCGGCGCCCUAGAGUCCAAUUAGUAUUGUUACCCCCAACAAACCAUUUCCUAGUUUGCCAAGCUAGAGCUCUUCAGCUGAGUCAUGACAUAAGGUGGCGAUAAGGCUAUCUAUAUCUGUUCAAAAGUAUUAAUAAAACGGCGCAACGCCGAUCGAUAGAGGAGUUCAUUUAAUGUUUGCAAAGCACUCAAAAGGUUAUUUAUUGAGAAAUUGGUUUUGUUUGUUUUUCGCUACUUAAGGGAUACUUAAAUAAAUAUAAACUAUUUCUUUGCUAUA